GCAAGUUCAAGUCAGCCGCGUAACUGGUUGGUAAUGGCGGGCUAUAAAAUUCAAAUUCAACUUGGCGGUACUUGGGCGCCCGACAUGCCUGACUGGGGACUUGCUAUCCCCCAGAAACCUCUUGACAGCAUUGGUCCAUCAUGUCUAUCUUGGAGAAUGUGCCUUUCGAUCUUCUGCAGCCCAUUCUCAUCCAUCUACUUGACCGAAGGCAUCUAAGUGCAGCUGCACUAGUGAGCCAGGCAUUCAAUCGCGCAGCGACACCACUUUUGUACAGGAGGCUCUAUUCGCAAGUGAAGCGUAAUACCCUUCACCAUCCCUCGGCAACCAUUCUCAAACGACCAGAAUUGGCAAAGUAUGUCUGGCAUGUGACGGAGACAGGCGCAGUGCAGAACUUACGACAAGUUAUUCCUCAAAUAACUGAGGAUAUUGUUGCAGCGCUUAGACUUUGUACAAAUCUCACAUCUGCAACUUGGGUAGAUGACACGUUGACUCCAGAGGCGAAUUUCCUACCCAUCCUGGAUGUCUUGAUGACGUUGCCCCUGCAGGAGCUCACCAUACGGACCCAGUAUGAUCCAGGAGAACGAGUUUGGGCCCGGCUCAAUACUAUUCAAGGAAUUCGUCGCUUAUCAGUGUGGUCUUUGGAGUGGGGGCCCCCGCGGGUACUCCAAGGAUGGGCUGAUUUGCUGAGCUCCUCUCUAACGCACCUUGAACUCUGCCGUUGUGCAGGUGUUCCAGCAACUAUCCUUAUCUCUGUCUUCAUGAAGCUUCCUCUUUUACAAGAGCUCUGUCUCAAGGGUGCCCCAAGCGACGCCAUCCCGGCUAUUAUGGCUUGUCUGCCCAAUCUGAUAGCCCUUGACACGGAAUAUCUGGGUUCUGGAAAUUACCGCACGCCACUUACACCGUUACCCCCUUUGCAACGCUUAACAGUGCGAACAGGAUCAGUGGAUAUCCUUGGACCGCAGAAACUGUGGACAUGGAUGAGGAUAUUGCUUCCGCACCAACAAACCUUAAAGUCAUUCACGCUGAAUGCAUUUGCAGUGCAUGGCCAAAUGACUAUUCCGCGCCCAUUCAUCGUGAAUCUUACUGGUAGACACGGGAAAUCCCUUCAAGAGUUUGCAGUAGGCAUUGCGCAGUUGACGUUGGAGGUCGUAUCUCACAUGUGCUCAACAUGCCCCCAACUUGCGUCACUUGAAUGCUCCGUGGCGAGUCCAGACGUAGACUCGAUCGCAAAAGCAAUCGAGGCGGGGCACAACCUUCGGACACUCAAGCUUCAUGUCUCUUGGAUCCCUGAUGGCAGCGUUGAUUUGCCUUCACAGUUCGACAAGUACUUCUCAGGACCCCAAGCCAUGUAUGCAGAUGUUUCCCAUCUUGCCAGGGAGGGGAAGACGAUUCGCUUUACCGAGGAGCACGCCAGCGCCUUAAUGCUCCAGACGCGCCUUCGUAGCAUUAGCAUAGGAGAUCAGUCCUAUAUAGGUCAGUGGGUUCGUCGGGGAUGUUCUGCCGAGGUCACACGGGAUGUUGGGCAAGAAGAAAAUGUCGUGUUCGAGGUCGUUGGGGAUGUAACAUCUUUAGAUCCAUUCGUCUAGUUCCCUCGUCACCUGUCGCACUGAACUCAGAUCACUUCCAUAGCCUAUCACAGAGUCUGGACUAUUCCGGGUUCUAUAGAACCUCGUGAUGUUGUCGCUGUCCGUGAAUUCAAGCGUUCCAC